UUGUCCCAGGCCGUUCAAGGACAGACUGAACGAGAUGAUGCACUCCUUAGUCUGGUCGACUCUAUGGCCGAUCUCUAUUCGUUCGUCGAUGACGUCGAUGAAUUGGAAAACAAAAUCAAGUCUCUCGAGCGUGUCAUUAUUCGAAUCUCUGUCCAAAUGACCGAAUGCGGUAUUUUCAUUAAGCAGUUUUGUGCGGCAGGCCGACUGGUACGCCAACCAUUCUCGAACACCUCCCAAACCAUCUCGAACCUCUCGCAGGCGCUGAAACAACUCGGUGGAGAGCUUCAGCUUGGAGUAACGUCUCACACUGCAUUCGUCUCGGCUCAAAUAUCCAGGGACGUGGAGAAACUUGGUGCGAUGACCUCCAUCUUAUCCCAAACCGAAGCCUUAAAAACUCUGAGCCCCGCAGCUAUGGAUGCUGGAAAUCGAGAUACAUGUUUACCCGGGACUCGAGCGGACAUCCUGGAAAACCUCAUUAAUUCUCUGAUAGAUCCUUCCGGUCAUAACAUCAUCUGGUUUCGUGGACCGGCAGGAUCCGGCAAGAGUACGAUACUCACCUCCGUUGCUCAAUACUUCUCAGAGCUGGGCCGACGUGGCUCUUUUCUGUUUUGGGACCGAAACGACCCUGUCAAUAGUGACCCUGUCCGUGUGAUUCGUACUCUUGCCUUCCAGCUGGGUCGUUUCAAACCUGAGAUUCGGGCGAAACUGGCCGCACAGAUCGAAAAUUCGCCCGACAUUACUACAUCCCCCCUCGAUACGCAAUUCAAGCAUCUUCUCGAGCAGCCUCUGGCCGAACUCGCAAAAGAGUGCGAUCUAGCUCCUAUUGUAAUCGUCCUUGAUGCCCUUGAUGAGUGUGGCACUGCAGGGACGAGGAGAAAUCUCCUUCGCACAUUCUCCGAAGGCCUUGCUAGGCUUCCGAGUAUGUUCCGGUUAUUGGUGGCCAGUCGAGAUGAGCCCGACAUUCGUGCUGCCCUCUCACACCUGGAUGUCGACGUGCGGGACGCACCGAUCGGCGAUAAGUCCACAUUAUCCGAUAUCAAGCUGCUUUUCCAACAGCAGCUUGCCAGCAACGCUGACGCCUUCAAAACGUAUUCUCUGCCACCCAAUUGGCUGACAGAACCUGUGAUAGACAAACUAGUUACUCUGUCCGGAGGCCUUUUCAUCUGGGCAUCUACAACCAUACGCUUCAUUCAAUCCGGCUUUCCCGAAGAACGGUUGGAAACAGUAUUAAGUGGAUCGGUGCAUGACCCGUCGGACGAUGGGUUGAAUGAGCUGUAUCGGGUCGCUCUUACUCAUCCAUUCAAGUCAUACAACGAAAGUGAAUUUAAAGUCGUUCAUUCCAUCGUUGGCGCAAUCGUAGUCGCUCGUGAGCAGCUAAUGGAUGAGCAGCUUCGUCAGCUCCUAGAAUUGGGCAUAGGCAAGGUCCAAGCUGUACUCUCUCAGUUUCAACCGCUGCUGCGGGGGGACUAUGGGGGUCCUAUUCAAGUCUUGCAUACAUCUUUCACUGAUUUCUUGUGCAACCCCAAUCGGUGUCAAGAUCCGCGAUGGUACAUUAACCCAUCCGUCCAUCACCUUGACCUCGCAUCUCGCUGUCUCCGAAUCAUGCAGCGAGAUCUCAAAUUUAACAUCUGUGGGAUCGAGACGUCCUAUUGCCGAAACAAGGAAAUUAAGGGGCUUCAGGAGCGUGUCAAUCGAGCCGUAACACCUGUACUGAUGUAUGCGAGCCAAUACUGGGUAGACCAUCUGGAAUUUGGAUCUGGGCCAGAACCAGCCUCGCCCCCUCUUACAAAUGAAAUCAUGGAUUUCUUCCUUCACCGAUUCCUACACUGGAUUGAAGUGUUCAGUGUGAUGGAUCGGAUCUCCAUGUUGAGCGUAAUUCUAAGGAGGCUGGUCAGUUGGGCUAGUGUAAGCCGCUUUUCUCAUGCGCGAUGGUAA